AUGUCCGUAAAUCCUACCCUAAGUUCAAGAAUACCUCAAGCCACAACAAAACUGCUCCUGGUAAGACAAACCAUGCCAAGAUCCCACAUACGACUUAAUAUACAGCAACAUGCCUUGCGAUCGUCUCAUUUCAUGUUUCCAAUGACGGCGUCGAUAUCGCAUCCAAGACUACACUUGCCUCCCUUUAACAAUAUACAUUUUAUUACUACGAGGCGCCAUAUAUCGCUAUUCCCAAAGAUAAUCACAAAAGUAGUGAAACUGCCUGUGUAUGUGGGUGGCGGAUUGGCCGCUAUGGGCAGUUAUGUAGCCUACAAGAUUGAAGAGGCAAAUACGUUCACCAUCGAUAAACUGAAUCAGGCAAAGGAUUUUUCAAAUUCGAUGAAAGAGAAAUUCAAUAGAAUGUUUGGCUCAUCGGAAUCAGCAGGUAAUAAUAGUAAUAAUAAUAAUGGAAACCCUGAUGGAACUGUCCCGACUGCGACAUUAUUAGCAUCUUUAGUGGACGAAGAAGAUUCUACCACAGGUGAUGAAGAGGAUGACGAAGAUGAUGAUGACCAAUUAAAUGCAGUGGAUACCACUCAUGAUGAGAUGUUGAAUUUAACUAAACAGAUGAUUGAAAUUAGAUCCAUUUUAAGUAAAGUGGACUCCACAUCAGCAAAUUUGACAUUACCUUCCAUUGUGGUAAUUGGGUCACAAUCUUCUGGUAAAUCUUCUGUGUUGGAAUCAAUUGUUGGGAAAGAAUUUUUACCAAAGGGGUCUAAUAUGGUUACUAGAAGGCCUAUUGAAUUGACCUUGGUAAAUACUCCUGGUGUAAACGAAACUACUGCUGAUUUCCCCAGUUUGAGGACAUACAACUUAAAGGAUUUUAAAGAAGUGAAAAGGAUCUUAAUGGAAUUAAAUAUGGCCGUACCAACAACGGAGGCAGUAUCUGAAGAGCCCAUUCAACUAACCAUAAAGUCGUCCAGUAUACCAGAUUUAUCUCUGGUGGAUUUACCAGGUUAUAUUCAGGUGGAAGCUGCAGAUCAACCAACGGAGCUUAAAACAAAGAUUCGUCAAUUAUGUGAUAAAUAUCUAAAUGAACCAAAUAUCAUUUUGGCAAUUUCAGCAGCUGAUGUAGAUCUGGCCAAUAGUUCGGCAUUAAGAGCUGCCAAAAUGGCUGAUCCACAAGGGUUAAGAACUAUUGGUGUCAUUACUAAGUUAGAUCUGAUAAGUCCAGAAGCUGCAAGAAAUAUCCUAAAUAAUAGAAAAUAUCCAUUGAAGAUGGGGUACGUGGGUGUAAUAACGAAAUCAAACAAUAGCACACUAGGUCUUUCCGGGACUUCGUCAUUAGGUUCAGGCGUGUCACACUUAUUUGGUAAAAAGAAUCAAGAGGAUGGUAACAAAUCUAUAGCUAGUAAGGGUCUAUCACAACAGCAACUACAAACCAAGCAAUUUGAAAGAUCUUACUUCCAUGAGAAUAGGAAAGUUUUUGCCAAUUGUCAAGUUAGUACCAAACGUUUGAGGGAGAAAUUGAUCAAGAUUUUAGAAAUUUCCAUGUCGAAUGCAUUAGAACCUACGUCUACAAUCAUUCAACAAGAGCUGGAUGAUACAUCAUAUUUAUUUAAAGUGGAAUUUAACGAUCGUCAAUUGACGCCCAAGUCAUAUCUACUUAAUAACAUUGAUGUCUUAAAGUUAUCUAUAAAGGAGUUUCAAGAGAAGUUUAAUAGAAACGAACUAAAAUCAAUAUUGAAGGCAGAUUUGGACCAAAAAGUUUUAGAUUUCUUGGCAACAAGGUAUUGGAAGGAUGAAAAUUUCCUAGAAAUCUCCAAUGACUAUAUGAAAAAUGAUGACGAAAUCCUUUAUUGGCAUAAGAAAUUGGAAUUAGCCUCUUCUAGCCUAACGAAGAUUGGUAUUGGUAGAUUAUCAACCAUGCUGGUUACCAAUUCAAUCUUAAAAGAAUUAAGCAACAUAUUAGACUGUACACAAUUGAGGAACCAUGAUUUGAUUAAAGAAUUGGUAACAAACACCGCUGUUAACGUUUUGAAUACCAAAUAUUAUUCUACGGCAGACCAAGUAGAAAAUUGUAUUAAGCCAUUCAAGUAUGAAAUUGACUUAGAAGAUAGAGAUUGGAAUAUUGCCAGAGAUCAUUCAAUUAAUCUAAUGAAGGAAGAGUUGCGUCAAUGUAACGCGAGAUACGAUGUUAUAAAGAAUGCUAUUGGCAAUAAGAAGUUGCAAGAUGUUAUGAAGUACUUAGAACGUGAUUCUUCGAGAACAGAGACAUUAGGUAUGUCCAAAUUGCUGUUGGAAAGAGCCUCUGAGGCACUAUUUCUGGACAAAAGAUCAAAGUUACUAAACUUCAGACUUAAGAUGUUGAGAACGCAAUGCCAAUCUAAAAACAAAAAGGAUACAUGUCCAGAAAUUUUCUUAGACGCUGUCAGUGAAAAGCUAGCCUCUACAGCAGUAUUGUUUCUAAAUGUUGAGUUGCUAAGUGACUUUUUUUAUAAUUUCCCUAUUGAACUUGACAAAAGAUUGAAUGUACUAACCAGUGAACAGGUAGAAAUGUUUGCUAAAGAGGAUCCAAAGAUUUCAAGACAUAUCGAAUUACAAAAGAGGAAAGAAUUACUAGAAUUAGCCUUGGAAAAGAUAGAUUCCAUCUUAGUCUUCAAAAGAAGUUAUAAGAAUGUUUCGAAAAAGACAUAA